AUGCAUCUCACAGCAUUGUUCCUACUUCCCCUGCCACUUUUUGUUCUCACCCAUCCUGUCAUUGUCGAGCACGAAACCAUCGCUGCUCAUCCCAUCCAAAAUCAUGUCGACCCUCUACAUCCUAUCCAACCACGAUGUGUCACCGUCAGGACUACGCGCUCCCUCACAGAACCAGAAACUACAAUGAGAGUCAAUCCACACACAACUGCACCUCAUCGUCCCUCAAACCCACAAAACAAAUCCCUCAUCAGUCGCGCGCUCUCAAUCCUACGAAUUUUCAACCCACACUCCACGACACCUCACUCUCCCUCAGAGACCAACUUUCCCAAAUACCAACCAAGAAUCCUAACACGAACUCUGUCCCGCCGCGACAGCGUAACAAUAUCCAUCUCCAACACUUUCAAUAGUACCACAGUCUGCAAUUCCCAGAACGACGCAAAAUUCGAAGUCGUCAACAAUGCCAAAAACGCCGAUAUCACCGUGGGUGAUAACACGAGCCAUACUUCUAACUUCCAUACCUUCGGGAAUAAGAAUAUGUUGAAUUCCACUGGAAGUAACACAGGCGGAUGGAAUACGAAGAAUACUGGGAGCAAUCUGACCACACAUCGAGAACCGAAGAGAGGAGUGGGAAAGAGAGAUUAUAUCGGGUGGAAAGGAUGGUUCGAGGAUAUUCUGAUGGGUGGUGAUUAUGGAAGAUGGGAAAUGCCUUGGAGAGCACCUACUCCUGGAACCUCGAAGGGAGAUAAGCCGAAGUGGGGAAGUGGAGCAGCUCCGACGAAAGUGGCGAGUCAUCAUACCUCGAGUAGCAGUCUUGGCGCGGAGCCAACCUUCACACAGAAUCCGAAGCCGUCGAUGGUUCCUGGGCCGAGUUGGAAAGGCAAUAAGACAGAUCCGUAUCGUCCGAAUCAUUCGGGCCAUGGUUGGCCUCGACCGAAGUUUGGAAAUCACACCAAGAACGGAACUGUUCAAGAUGGAGAGGAGCACAAGAGAGAUAUCGUCAACCUCAAUAUUAUGGGUGGAAGCUUGAAUAGCACUUUGGCAAGGAGUGGGAAUAAUAAUACUGUGGAAGUUUAUGUGAUGGGAAAUGGAGCGAAUGUGGUUAAUGUUACCGUAGUCUGGGAAGGAGAAGGGACUGAUAUGAAGGAUUCUGGAAAUGGUAACACUGUUCGUGUAUAUAUUGGGGACUCAAAUGGUGUCGAUAUGGGAAACUCUACAUUGCAGGUUGUUGGAGGAGAGGAACUCUAG